GUUAAAGAUAUUGUUCUUUUUUGCGCACCAAAACCAAUAAUAUCCCGAGACAUUAUAAAUGUUCUACAUAUGCGCGUCGUCGACAGAUUUCUACGAGCCUUAAUAUUUUAUUGCCAGUAUUAUUUACAGUAUUGCAUAGGUUGCUUCAAUAAUGGCGGAUAGGAUUUUGGACUUGCAAAAUAAAAUUAAAACAAGAUUUGGUAAAAAAAUCGAAGAGAGAUAUGAGGCAAAUCUUAGAGACGUUCGCUUGUUACUGGCAAAGGAAUACUGUUCAAUGCUUCAAGGUACGGGAGAAUACAUCAAAUAUCACCAUAAUAAACUCGGGACAGCAAAAUCUUUGUCAAAAAGGGAUAGUGUAAUUUUUGAAUCCGUUUUACGUAUAAGCACGCAUAUUGCUUGGGUGGCUCUCGGAAGAAAGUCUUUUCAACAAAUCGAACUGGAGCUACAAAGAGUAUUCAAAUCGAAUACGUUUAACGUAGUAAAGCACUUUCUGAAAACUGACUUCGAGAAGGACAUGUCUGCGGCGGAGCAUUCAGUAUUGUACGGCACGUGUGAACAUAAGGAACAGAUCCUGGGCAUACAUUCGCCCUUGUUAGCCGAGAUCAACUGUGAUAAAAACGCUAUAAACUAUCGAUUAUUUGGACUAGGCGAUUUUGAAUAUCCCCAUUUAACUUCACGACUUUUGUACUUCAAAAAUAUAUUAGUAACUCCUGAACAGCAACUAGACAAGGUGGGACUAUCCAUAGGGAUCAUCGGUCUACCGCGGGAUCGUUUUGACACCAUGCUGCGCGAGGUCAAGAAACAGAGUACUAGUACUUCAUCUGCGAGCUUGCGAAAAAUUGCGUCACGAAUGUCUUCAAGUCGAUCCUCAGCAGGAAAGAGUACAAAGGGUGCUUUUCUCAAUUUACCACUAUAUCCCGAUAUAGUUCUUCCAGAGUCUCGCCCUGAUCGUAGCGAGGAUCUAGCAGACGCGUUUCCAGGUACACCAACCCCAAUCAAAUACAAGAAGAACGAACAGCGCUUGAAAUGGCUACGAUAUGCUGAACCAAUGAGAAGAAAGAGACUACAAAGUUUGAAAAAGAAAUAAACAAUAGAAAAAACAUUACACGAUUGUCUAUUGAAUAAUAGAAUAUAUAAGAAAAUAUAAUACAUAAACAUUUCUA